AAAAUGUCAAAUAUUCAAACAAAAAACAAAUACUCAUUUCAAAAUGAAGACUCAUAAACGUUUAUUUUUAUUUCUUUGAAUGUUUCAACGUUACAUUCCUUGAAAACAUUCAAUAUGAUGAAGAUUAUUCAUAAGGAUUUUACUGAAACCAUCGGUAUCUUGAAAAGAGAUCAAUUUUCUAAGAAUGGCGUGUUAUUUUUAUCAGUAAUACUAUUAACAUCUUCAAUUUUUUUGAGUUAUUCUUUGGCUUUUAUUCUAUUAAGUACAUAUGUAAUAGGUUUGAUUGUAAGCUAUGGAUUCAUAAAAUUCAAAGGAUUUACAUCAGCAAAUUUAGUUCGCUUGUUGUGUUUCUACAAAGGACAAAUAUCUAAGACCAAAAAGAUUGGUAGCUCUUGUACAGUUUGUCAUAAUUCUUCUUGUGAUAGACAUCGUCAAGAUUUCGAUAUAGCACCUUGGAAUGAUUUGUUUAUAGAUGAUGCACUCAAUGAAUCUAUUGAAAAGUUUUACACUAAAAUGUUGGAAGUAUUUGUAUCAACAUGGUAUGACAAUCUGACAAAGGAUGAAAGCUUCAUAUAUGAAUUAAAAUAUGCUCUAAAAUAUUCGACUGCUAUUAUCAUUAGAAGAAUUAUGGAGAUUGAUUUACCUACUUUAAUGUCACGCAAAAUCUUACCGUGUAUUAUAAAGCAUGUGGAUGAUGUUAUAUACAUAGAAGAUAUAGCCAAAUUGAAAAAUAGCAACAUAAAUGAUGUAGCUAUUGAAUAUUGGGGAAAUAAACUGCAUGGAGCAGUUACAAAUAGAAGAAAUGAACUAAUAUAUCUUCGGGAACUGUCUUCAUCCCUUUUGCCAAUAAUCUUACCAUCAAAAUAUUUUCAGUGCAGGAACUCUUCUGUAUUAUUUCGGGAACUUAUUGCUUGUUGGGUACUACUUCCAAUGAUGGAUGCAACAUUGAAUCCCAAUAUGAUCAAUUCCCUGAUUGUAAUUAGUGCAAAUUUCAAAUCAAAACAUUCCAAACCUAGAGCACCUGCUAUUAAAAAGUGUUAUUUGCAAAACUUUGUUUGUCCUAUAGAUCAGAAAAAAUCAAUUUUCUAUAGAGAUUUGAAUGAAGUUAAGGAAAAUACAGAAUUGCUUUACACAUUCAUCCAAUUUUUGAAAGGUGAAGAUCAGGUCCACUUGUUAAAGUUCUGCUUAGAUGUAGAUCAAUUCAGUAACAUAUUGAUGGCUCCAGAUCAUAGCAAAAAAACCUUGGAUGAGCUUUAUGGUAAUGCUCUUGCUAUCUACAAUGAAUACUUCUCUAAAGAAAGUUCGAAUUUCAUAAAAUGCAGUGAGAAUAUAUCGCAAGAAAUGAAAGAACUUCUUAAAGAUGGAAUACGUAGCAUUGCUAAAUUGAAGAUUUCCGCACCAUUAAUGGAGGCAUACAAAGUGGUUUUCAAUAAUUUGGAAGAAAAUUGGUUACCUUCAUUCUACAAAAGUAAUGAGUUUUAUAGUUAUUUGUGUGGAAUGAAAACAUCCCUAAAUGACAAAUCAUCGUCAAAUGAAAUGAAUAAACAGGAAGCUUCGUCACUGACACCGAGAUUGAGCAGUCUUAGGAAACUGAGAUCAGCCCUAAUGAGUUCGACACCUGUAGAAGGAUCAAGAUUAUUACCUGAAAAACAAAGUUUUGAGGGUGUGGGAGAGAUUGUCAACCCUAUUUGUUAUAAUAUUUUUAGAGAUAUCAGUACCUGGAAAAUAUCAAUUUCUUCAUAUGUGUCUUUGAAUAAAGUAAUUUAUUUCCAUGUCAAUGUGAAAAGACCUUCUACAACUAAUAAUGAAGUGGAAACAUCUAGAGUAGUACUCAGGAAAGAUCAGGACUUUUUCACUCUCAAAGCAAAAUUGAUCGAGUUCCAUGGUGAAAAUGAAAUAACAGAUUCUCCUUUACCUAUCAGAAAAGCUGGUUCAGACAUCGGCACUAGAAUGGCCGGUUAUGAAAAAUUUCUUCAAAAAAUCAUACAGAAUACAACACUAAGGGGAAGUGAUUUAUUAUACACGUUCCUCACAACAGAGGAUGAUUUUUCAUUAUACCUAUCAACUUGUGGGGCACCUGUACAAGACCUUAGCAAUAUAUAUCAGUCUGUAGCGCAAAAAUUACGUAAGGAAAAAGGUCAACAUUUAGAUAAUUUCAUGUCUGUCUUCAUGGCUUCUACAGGAAAUGAUAAAUCAAGCAAGUUUUCAACUCUAGAAAUUGGAGAUGAGGUAGAUCCUCUAGGUCUGAUUUCACAAGAUAUUCCCAUAAAGAUAUUCCAUAACACAAUUUUCAAUGAUAAUUUUGGUAUAACUUUCAACGAUUCUAGAAGAAAAACAACCAAUAGUGUUAAUCCAAUUCAUAUUUUAGAUUGUCUGUUUUAUAUAGGUAAACAUAUAUUAAAUGUUCCACAAAUUGUUUUGAGGUUUUAUGUGGCAACCUGUAACAUGGUUGGUGAAACACUUGAAUCUAUUUGGUGUAUCUUUAUUCAGAAGAAGAUGACCAGGGUUUGUCAACAGCAUUUGGAGUAUCUAGUGACUUGUCUGCAAGAUGUGAUAUUUGAGAAUCCUGAUUACUCACUCACAAAUUUAGAGCUACAAAAACGUGAAGAAGAAGCAUUAAGAAUUUUAAAAAGUUUUUCAACUGAAUUCCUAUAUAAUCUACUUGGGAAGAAUUUCUCCGAUGGAAUUGUUAGUUUAUGGAAAUUAAUGCAAAACCCAUUAUUCAACAAACAAUUGACCUAUCAGAUUUUAGAUCUAGUGUUCUCUGAAAUGUAUCCAAAUAUUGUGCAAAUGAAAAAAUAAAUUAUCAAUGAAAAUUUAAA